CACAAUGACUGGUACUUUUUGACUAUGCACCACAUCGAAAUUUCACGAAACAAUCCACAGCCCAGGCAGGAUUGGACUUCGCUGCCCCACUGUCAAGAUGCGUAUAUUCACCGAAUAUGCGCUUAAGGAGUUUUCAUUUGGCGACUUUUAAGACGGUGCACUGAGUGUCCUAUUAUUGAGCUUGGGGACAAGAAUCUCUUCCAUCUCCAAACCAGGGUUACCGGCAAAAUGAAAGUCAUCACAAGAAUAGAAAAAAGUCUUCUCGGUCAGAGUCCAGGGAUGUUCCUCAGCCAGCAUGAUGGUGUAGUCCCUGUUAGCCUAUCAGUGGCAGUCACAGAUGAAGAGCGAGCCAGAUUGCUUGGAUCUAUCAUUUCAACGUCUCCUAUCCCGCAAAUCAGUCUUCAGACCAACCAAUUUCGAGGUGGCCCUGAUGUCGUAUCCAAAGAAACGUUCCGAAAAGCCUUGUUGAAUGAGCUCCGAAAAGGUUGGAAGAUUGCGGCUACGGAAGCUCGCUUCAUCAGACUAGUCGAAGUGCUACAGCGUGAUGGAUGCACUAUAUUUGCCGGUCUGGUAGAUGUCGCUUCUUUUCAGCAGCUUAUCAAUGAUUAUUCAGAGAUCAUGAGCGGUUCAGGAAGCCACGCGUUCCUACAUUCCUUCGCCCAUCUGAUUGACCACCCCAAGUUUCUCAGAAACCAAAACUACAACGAUGCUAUAAUUCACCCUCUUCUGAUCGCACUGAUGUCUUACGCAAUGGGUGGUCCUGUUAGGAUGACCGAUGCCCGUGGCAAAGAUACCCAGCCAAUUUCAGUGAAUGCACAGGACAAUAUGCUUCAUGUCGACAAUACCCCUUUCCGUGAAGAAUAUAAAUUAUUACUGGGCUGGGAGAAGGGCGAGAUCAAAGGUCCUACCGGCCAGAAUUUUACAUUUCUGCCAGGAACGCAAAAAGGGAAUCGAUUGGUCCGGGUGGAUGAGUUUUCUCAGACUUGGUCUACAGAGAACGACAGCCUCUUUAUUACCGACGAGAGUAUUGAGAGCGUUUUUGAGUUCCAAAGAGAUAUUACUGGGCGUGAUACUAAAGUGGUCGAAGUGGAAUACCCCGAGCAACCUAUCACGGUGCUUUUCAAUGCAGGUUCCCUGGUUCAUCACCGCUACCGUAACAAUAAUGGAAGCACUCGGAGCUGUAUCAUCGCCGCGUUCCAUCUUGUGCAUGAUCAUCCAGGUGCGCUUGUCGACUCGGACGCCGACUGGAAACCUCAAUCGGUAGCAGAUCUUCUCUUGGGUUAUCAAGAUAGCACCGAAAUAGGCACCUUUUGUUCCAUAAUUGGCGCCAACUCCGCAGCCAUCGAAUCCAAGAUCUCAGAUAUUCUUGAUGAUACCCAUCAUUCCAUCUUAGUCGACACGGAAAAUCUCAUGCUGUCAGGCGAGAAAUUUGCUCGCUGGAGAGAAACAGUCAUCAACGCUCCGUCAGCAACAAGAGUCAAAUUUGAAGCAGGAAACUAUAUUUCCUUCGCGGACGACUUUAUUUCGCGGGAUCUCCUGGUGAAGAAGCUCGCUGCUGCUAUGGGCUACGACAAACACGGACUUCUAGAUCUUAUCAUAUAUUCAGAUGGUCAUGAAGAGAUACGAAAGCCAGCUCGGAAGAGUGUUUGGACGAUGCCAGAGGAGAGGCUAGCACAGGUCCUGAUAGCGUGGCUAUGGGUUGUAGAAGGAUAUAAGUUUACUACUGCCGAUGUACAGGAGCCUUCGCUGCUAAGGCACGAAGCCGGCAAAGUCGCCCGACUGAUUAGAGAAAGCUUUCCGGCAAUCAACUUUGCUGAUGAAAGCAGUCAGAAGGAGGAGCAGCAAUUGUGUUCGGCGCACCAACUUAUUGUCGACCUUGGUGAAUCUGUUACACGAUGUGAUAAAGUGGAGACGUAUAUCACAACGAACCUUUUCCUUUUCCUGAUCAUCGAUCAGAUUGCUCCUUUCUUUGAUUGGGUUUUGAAAGAGAAAGUCAUGGCAACUGGUACUAUUUUCCUCAGGGCUUACAUAGCCUGCGUGCUGGUGGUUGAGAAAACCCAAGGUAUCUGAUUAUCUCGGGAUCGAUUCUAUGAAAAGUAUCUACUGGGAAGCGUAGAAGAUGUGACACUUGGAAAAAGAGCUGAGGCGGGAGCAAGUCUAGCUUUAAAAUUUAUUUGAAAUAUAACUCCUAUGACUGAG